AUGGCAAUCCUAACUGACAUCCCCUCCUCCAGCUCCUCUAUAAGACAUCGUCCUCAACUUCCAACCUCCCCUGAUGAUAUCCCACUCAUACCACCUUCCACAAUCCGUUCUUCCUCUACCAAACCUUUGAUAAACCUUUCACCUCCCCCAUCACCUCAAAUUGAAGGACAAGAAGAGAUAGAAGAGAAAGACGAUGAGAAAUUAUCUGCGUUUUGGGACGAAAUAUUCGAUUCGUUCAUGUUAACCGUCCCAUUUAGCUUUUUGUAUCUUUUAUUGGACAUAUUGGUACACCUUCAAUAUAAUCAUAGACCUAAAUUACAAACUUUGACUGAACAUAUGUUCACUGCUGUCCCUACAUCUAGACACGCAGAUCAUUGGCUUACUCGUGGUGGUCUUAUAGCAAGUUGUAUAGCUAGCGGAUGUCGUCUUAUUUGGUUGGUCAAUAAAGCUGGAUGGAGUUUGACGACUGAACAAGCCCCGGCAAUGGGCACAAUAUGGAUAUUGACAAUCAUACAAUUACCUCUAUCCCGUGGUCUACUCUCUUUGGUCGUCAUUGCCAUCUGGGUCAAAUAUACGGGAAUGAACAUUUAUCCUUGA